CUUUCUUUCUCUUCAACGUCCAUUCUUCUCAACUUCUUCCAGCACUUUAAUCAGCGAGCGCAAGAGAGAUUAUUAAGUUAUUAAGUUUAAUGAUAGUGACUCAGACUUGACUGGUUUGCCUACUCACCUGAAGCACUGACAAUUAAGAGCGGCCUUGCCUCCAGUUGUGUGGGUGGAGAGGCCCCUGGUUGCUCCAUGAGAGCUGUGCCGUGAGGGUUAAACAUUGUGUAAGACCAUGGCCCCUCCCUGCUCCGCUAGGCUCUUGGAUGUAACAGGAGCCGUGCGUGUGUUUUCCAUUCUGCUCUCCAAUAUGGCUGCAUCACGGUUGUCCCGGAGCCUGAUGCGACGGUACGGACGCUGGCCUCCGAUGGGCCCGAACGCCGCCGAGGCCCCGGUCUGCUCCAGGGGGGCGGCGGGCCCGUCCUCUGCGGGCCAGGACAAGCCUCGGACGGUGGACGACCUCCCGCACGUCAGCUUCCUGGAGCUACUCUACAGGAUGGUGUUCCAGGGUUUCUACAACCGUUUGCAUGAGCUACAGAUCUAUGAGAAGCAGCGAUAUGGGCCCAUAUACAGAGACGGACUGCAGUCGGUUUCCGUGAACACCCCGAAGCUGCUGGAAGAAGUCAUGAGGAACGACGGGAAGUUCCCUCAACGGGGAGACAUGUCGGCGUGGAAGGAGUAUCGCGAUUUGAGAGGAUUCGGCUACGGGCCUUUCACCGAGGAGGGGGAGAAGUGGCGCAACCUGAGGGCGGUGCUGAAUAAGCGCAUGCUGCAUCCGAAAGACUCCGCGCAGUAUCACGGCGUCAUCGACGACGUGGUCGCCGCCUUCAUCAAGAGGAUCCGCUUCCUGCGUCGGUGUAGCCCGACGGGAGAUUUGGUGACUAAUGUGGCCAACGAGCUCUAUCACUUCUCGCUAGAGGGUAUUGCCGCCAUACUGUUUGAGACGAGGGUCGGGUGUCUGGAGAAGGAAAUCCCUGCGAGUACCGCCGACUUGAUCAGCUCCAUAGCGCAGAUGUUCGAGAACAACAUGGCUGUGUUUGUGACGCCCAAGUGGAGCCGCGGCCUGCUGCCUUACUGGGGGCGCUACAUUGCAGGCUGGGAGGGGAUCUUCAGCUUUGCUAAAGCGUUGAUUGACAAGAAGCUGGAGGUCAUUCAGCAGCGCGUGGACAACAACCACGACGUGGAGGGCGAAUACCUCACGUACCUCCUCUCCAACACUCAGAUGAGCAUGAAGGACGUGUACGGCAGCAUCACCGAGCUUCUGUUGGCUGGCAUGGACACGACCUCCAACACCCUCACGUGGACUUUGCACCUGCUGUCCAAGUACCCCGAAACCCAGGAAAGACUUCACGGAGAAGUGUCCGCGUUGGCGCCGGCGGACCGGGCCCCCUCCGCUGCCGAGGUCACCCGGAUGCAGUAUUUGAGGGCCGUUGUCAAAGAGGCCCUGAGGAUGUACCCGGUGGUUCCCAUGAACGCAAGGAUCAUUGCAGAAAAGAACGUUACCAUUGGUGGAUAUCAGUUUGCAAAAAAAACCCCUUUCAUGUUCUGUCACUACGCCAUCACCCACGACGAGGACACGUUCCCAGAACCGUUCACGUUCAAGCCGGAGCGAUGGCUCCGUGACGGCCGCGAGAGGCCACACCCCUUCGCCUCCAUCCCCUUUGGCUUCGGCGUGAGAAGCUGCGUCGGCCGCCGCAUUGCUGAGAUGGAGAUGCACCUGGUUCUGGUCGCGAUCGUCAGGCAGUUUGAGAUCAAACCAGACCCCGCUAUGGGCGAGUUGAAAAGCAUCAACCGCACGGUCCUGAUACCGGACCGACCGCUGAACCUCCACUUCGUGGACCGAAGCCGCGGAGACGCAGAUUGAUUUUUAGCUUUUUGCACAUUUCUUGAGUGGAAAAAAGUACUUUUUAAAAAAAAAAUUUUAAAGGAUGUUUGCUGUAUUAAGUGACCAAUCUGGAACUGGUGGUAUAACAAAUGCAAGUAAAUGUAAAAUGGACAUUAUUAUUAUUAUUAUUAUUAUUAUGCAAACAUCAAAAUAAUGCUACGUUAUAUACUUAACUUCAGACAAUAGGCCAUUGUUCACACAGACAAUGCAGGGAAGAGCAAUAUUCUUUAAUGUGAUACGAAAUUAUAAAGAGUAUUAAAAUAAAAAGAAACUAUAUUUAUCUUUUUUUUUUUUUUUUAAUCUUUAGCUGUUUUUGCCGGGCUCAGUUGGAAGUGCUUUUUUUUUUUAUAACGAGCACCGGCGUAAAUAACACUUUCAUAAUGUAGGUAAGACUUUUAUUUAAAGAUGAACUAAACUUUAAUUGUGUCUUCAUUGUCACGUGUGAACUGAAAGUGAAUCGACUCUAUUCUUCUACGCCUGACUUUGGGUCCACUUUUUAAAAAAUUUUUUUUUUUUUAAAAGCACACUUAUUUUAUUUUGUAUUCAUGAAGAAUAUUUAUGUUGCUGCUCUCCAAAUAA